AACUCGUAUUUGUUGUCUGUGGGCUGGAGAGCAUCAGAGAGCUGCGGAGAAAUGAAUGAAACAUCGAUUUGACGCUGAUUGUCAAAUGAACUAACUCAAGGGAGCGUUAAGAGCAUCUGAAAUCAAGAUACCGCAGACAAAUUACGGACAGAGGAAGCUGAUGGUUGCUGGCUAGCCAAUGGGGCUGUUUGACAAGUUGGCAGGAUGGCUGGGGUUAAAGAAGGAGGUGAAUGUGUUGUGUCUCGGUCUGGACAACAGCGGAAAAACCACCAUCAUCAACAGGCUGAAACCUUCCAAUGCCCAGGCACAAGACAUCGUUCCCACGAUUGGCUUCAGCAUAGAGAAGUUCAAGACAUCCAGUCUUUCCUUCACAGUGUUUGACAUGUCUGGUCAAGGCAGAUACAGAAACCUUUGGGAGCAUUAUUACAAGGAAGGACAGGCUAUCAUAUUUGUCAUCGACAGUGCAGACAAACUGAGGAUGGUAGUGGCCAAAGAAGAACUGGACACAUUACUAAAUCAUCCUGAUAUUAAACACAGGAGGAUCCCCAUCCUGUUCUUUGCUAACAAGAUGGAUGUCAGGGAUGCUCUGUCUUCUGUCAAGGUCUCACAGCUGCUCUGUUUGGAGAACAUCAAAGACAAACCCUGGCACAUCUGUGCCACUGAUGCCCUGAAAGGAGACGGUUUACAGGAGGGAGUCGACUGGUUACAAGAUCAAAUCAAAACAAUGAGAACGUGAGAGCAUGAAGAGGGACCAGCCAGGAGUAGCAGCAUUCAUGGAAGUCUCAUUGAGACGAACAUUUUGGUGUUAGUUUGAUCUCUGUGCGACAUUCCUACUGGGCGCUAGGGCAAGGACCCCUGCUUGCUUUGCAAGUAGGGGUCCUCGGACCCUAAUAAAUGGUUGACCCUAUUUUCGGAGGUACCACGAAACACAAAUGGUUUUAAUGAGGCAUUUAAGUGGUUUUUGGAUACGUUUGGUUCAAUAGAGAAGUGAUCAGAUUCUUUGGAACUGUGGAAACAGCAAAAAUACAUCUACCAAUCAAAAUUUUGACAACUUUAACACAUUAAUUUAGGGAAAAUACUUUUCGGUAAAAGAGUUCUGAGUUUAAACUGUUUAAAGGAAUAAUAACAUUUGGAACAUUAUGUCCACUAGGGAAAAGGUCUAUUUCAACUUAUAGUAUCACUUACAUUUUCAUGGUCUUUGCGUAACAGGGAUCACAGUGAACUAUAGCUGCUCUGAAAGAAGCUAUUGUGGUUGGUGCUUUCUUUCUCUUUAAUGAACAUGAGUACCUAGGCUAUCUUGUUAAUAAGAUAUUGGUGGGUGCUGUUUCUUUUCUCUUUUUUUGCAUACUUCAGCCCUUAAACCAUCCCGUGUCUAACAAAAGACGUGUACCAGAUUCAUACUGCAACAUACACAACAUUACACAAGUGAUGUAAACUCAAGGUCUGGUGUCCUUUUCCUUCUGACUCACAAUUCAUUUCCACUGCAGCAUUACAGCAGAAGAUAUAUGCUCUGAUCUGCAGAUUUAUAGACACUGAAAGCAUGUGACUGUCUCUCCCUGUUUCAUGCCUCCAUACAUCAGAGAUUAUUCUAAAAAAAAAAAAACUUCAAACAUGAAACUGGCUAAGACAGUCAGCCCUUUAGAAAUCAUUUCCACCUCUGACAAAUGCCAAAUGUUCAUUUACUUUCUUUUUUUUCCUAAUGUCUCUCAGGGCCUCUAUGUGGAUAAAAUAUUAUUAUAGUUUGAACCAUCAUAUCAAUCAACUGUCAUUUAUUUCUUCAAAAAGGCACAUUUUCUGCUAUUGCUUUUACUAAUAUCAAAACAUUGGGGGUAAUUCAGUGCAUCGCCUUUUUCAGACUUGCAUAGAGGGCCAUCCCACUGUCACACUGAAGACAACAGCUAUUACAUCUUUACUGCAGCUAAUAUUACAUGCAGCUCACGUUUGAUUAAUGUUCCCCUAGCCGUAGCCAUAUUAAAGACUAUUAUUGUAAAAAGCGUAACAUUUUCUAGAACCACCUACUCUGUUGUACAUAUUCUUACUUGUGGCUAAGGGUAUAUGAAUAUUAGUCAAUUUAGCUGUAAAACGUGGUAAAUUGAUUGUUAUAAAUGAAUGUCAAGUUAGCCUGUAGUCUGUUUUAAAAAUCAGAACUUCUGAACACAAAGCAAAUUUUCAACUAGUGUUUGAUUUUUUUUGCCUUAUUCCAUAGCUCAAAGAACAAACUGUAAUCAAAGAAAAUGCUUCUCACAAUUUACCUGUGCUACUUCAGUGAUUCAAAGGCAGACAACUAUAAAAAAAAUACUACUCUACUCAGUCUGUACAAAGUUUUUAAUGCAAGCCUUUGAUCCUCUUCUUUAGAGGGUCUCUGACUGAAAGCUUGCAUGAAAAACCGCUUCUGUUUUCUGAUUGUGUUCAUCAAGCUCCAUCACCUCAGCCAAGCUUUAUAGCAAACAUGAGCUGUCUUUUGAGUAGUUUCAAGGCAAAAAGAAAUUAACUGACUGAAAUCUAAAAUUGUGUUUUGUUUUAUAUAGUCAGUAGUAUGUUGUUCAAGAAUGUAUUUUUGGGAAAGUCAAGUGCAUAAAAUACUCAAGAUUUCCCCCGAUAACACUUGACAUCAAACUGAAUAUAGACAGAAGAUAUCAAGGUAUAAUUAUUUCAGGGUAGUGGUACGGUGCAGCGCUGUACUACAGAUCUAGGAUGUGUGAUUAACAUUAAGACAGUUUUGUUUUAAUACGACAAGGGUUUUGUUCUUUGUUUAGCUUUUGUGAAUUUAGUUCUGUACAUUUUGAAUAAAUGAAAAGUCAAACCACACUUGAGCAGGUCAUUUUAACGGAUUGAAAAGUAAUUUAACAAAGUGAGUUCAGAUUAUAAAACACAAAGACAACAAGUUUAAGCUAUUGUUGUUGCUAUCAGACUGUUUACAGUUUUUACAUCCUGAACAUUGUUGUAAGGAGACAGUUCCAGACAAAGAUGGUGUUAUUUUGAACCCACUCACAUCUUAAGUCUCCAUGGACACUUGGUUUUUCUACUACCGAUCUGAGACAGCGAAGUCCAAAACAUUUAAAUCUGGCUCACAGUGGCUUUAUCCACUGAUUUUUGUAAUGCAUAGUACUUUUUUUUUCUUUUGUAACUGCAAGACAUUUCAGAGUUUGGCCAAUAUUCAUAUCCUCCAGACAUCUUACUUCAUAUUUUUUUCAAAUCAAGCAAAGGGUCCUAGUGAGAUCGUGUUUCUCAUCCUGCAGAAAUCUUCUUAAAAGAAGGAUCCUUUGAGCACACAUUCACUUUAGAGAAAUUCUAGAUUCUUUGAUUAAACUGUAUCCUCAAAUGAGCUGUAUGUAUUUUGUUUAUGACGUUCUGUGUGUUAAUUUUCAAAGAAUAAAUGCUGUGGGAAGCAAA